ACGCACGGUCCCGUUCCCAGAAUAGCUGGCCAAGUUGCUACACGUAAACAAGUUAGUGAUUAUAACAAACUCGGGCGAGUGGCUGGACGCGCGCGCGCAUAAUAUUUACUUUUAAUUGGAACAGUACAUACGUUUUAAUUGGGACAAUUUAGCGGUCAAUCAUGGCCAACAGAGUAUUUCUGUUGUGCCUUGUGCUCUCUAUAUCGUUUGUGUGUUAUUUUGAGAGUGUUGCGGGCAAGCCCGGAAGAGGAGGAGGAUACAGCAGAGGAGGUGGUAGCAGAGGAGGCGGCAGCAGAGGAGGAGGCUCCUCAAGUUGGGGGAGAGGAGGGUCGUCUUCAAGUUCCGGGUCAAGUUGGUCGUCAUGGAACUCUAAACCCAGUUAUCCAUCCUCUGGAGGACUAUCUGGAUACGGAUCAGGGUCCAAACCCAGCUACCCGUCUUCAUCAGGAGGACUAUCUGGAUAUGGAAGUGGACAAAAGCCGAGCUACCCAUCGUCGUCAACGGGCCUGUCAGGCUCAGGAUCUGGAAGCUCUUCGUCUUCGGGUUCGGGUUGGUCUUGGUGGGGAUCCUCAUCAAGCUCUAAUAAUAAUAAUAAUUAUGGAACUCAUUCCUAUCCUAACUCAAACGGAGGGUUAUCUGGAGGUUCCCGCCCCUCUUACGGAGUCUCUUCCCUUCCGGCUGGAGUAGAUUACACUAACUCGCAUUACGGAAACAAACAAACCAACAACAAGUACGGUAAUAACUACGCUACACCUCAUCAUACUGGAACUCAUGUUGUGAAUAAUCACAUCACUAAUAAUUAUCAUACUCCCAAUGUAUAUCAUACUUCUCAUCCCUACUACUCAUCACCGCAGUACGUGUAUGUGACUGAAUAUAGAAAUUCCGGCAGCCGCUAUGGAGACAUCUUGACGGGUUUAGCGUUGUACAACCUGGGGCGCUCCCACAGCCAUUAUCACGACCAUUAUUACCAUGACGACUAUUAUAGACGCCGUUACAACUCUGACUCAAGUAUGAAUAAUAAUUAUUCCCCUCAAAACGCGGCUGUCUGCACUAUGAAAAUCACGGAAAACGGAAGAGUUGAGACAUUGAAAAUACCUUGCGAAAUCGUCUCGACAUUCACUAAUGAGGGUAAGCUGGUUAAAACUCCUCAAGUUAAUACUACAACGUGUGUGACGAAUUCUACUAUGGUGAACAACACUGCACCUGUGAAUACGACCUCUGUAAAUGCAACCUUGUCAUCGAACGUGACAAUGAUCAACUCUACGAGUUGCACAUUCACUGUCAACGCGACGGAUCCCCUUAAAGUGAAGGGACCUCCUAUAAACCCAUCGAACAUGGAAUGCGAAGUGGAGGUCAGAACAAGGGAUCUCCUUACUAGUAACAUGGUGGAUUGUAACACCUUGCUGCGUUAUUCUAAAAUGCCUGAGCCCGCUAAGUCUGAAAAUACUAUAUUACCGGAAAGACAGAAACUGAAGCAGAUUCUACAUAAUCCACCAUGGUGGAUGUCACUGUUCAUUGCUGUGUAAUUUACUAUGUUUAUGUAUAAUGUUUUGAGUGGAAUGUAUACU